CGUUUUACCUAUAAAGCGAGAGAAAAACAUAAGCAACCAAAUCAUUUGCUGGCUCCGGGACCGAUUCACGAUCAAGAUGAAGUUCCCACUGUUGCUGAUAUUGCUUGUCGCUCUCACCGUAAACAUUGAGGCGAAAAGAAGGAUCAAUUGGAGGAAGGUUUGGAAAGUCGUAAAAAUUGUCGCCAGAGCUAUUGUUGACCUAGGCCGUAAGCGAGAUAUCUCUACUAUUGAUCGAAACAAUGACGGGUUUGUGGACCUAUCAGAGGUAGAAGAAGCGUUCGGCACGCGCGAGGCACGAGACAUCUUGGAAAUGGCGGACGAAGACGGAAACUCUGACGUCACUGUGGGUGAGUUUCAAAAGUUCAUGACAGACCUCAGCAAAGUGGAAUGAAAAGAGAUCCAAAUAGGUUUCUAACGGAGCUUGAAGAAUGAAUUAUUGUUAAUGAGAUACUCGCUGUCUAGACAGAAAUAAAAUUUGCAAAAACAGAA